AUGACAUUGCACUUUGGUUCUCAUACUUGCCGUACGUCAAUCUAAAUCGUAAAUCGUAAAAGUGUAUAAAAAUCGUAAAAUGAAACGUUAAAAAAUUAUAAAUGAGCCUUCAAUUUAUUCUGAUUCCUUUUCUUGCUGAAUUUUAUUGAUGACUUGCUUUAAAUUCAAUGUUGUUUUUCAUAUGUCGGUGACUGGACAAUCAACAAAGCUCUAAUCAUAAAAAAAGUGAAGUGGAUUGAAACAUGUGUUAGAAUUGCUCGUGAACUUGAUGUGCGAGUGGUGUUUACAGUUUUUGUGAAUUAUUAGAUUGUAAAUCGUUCAAAAUGCUUAUAGACGAUGAAUACGAGGCAUUUCUUACAACUCCAGAGCGGAUUAAGGCUCUGGGGUUCAAGCCGCAGAAGGAGUUGCUCACGAAUCAUCUCUUGCCGUAUGCUGACAAGUUAGAUGACGAAUCACAAAGAUUCCUUGAACAGGUCAAGACGAACCUGGCUAAAUCCGUCAUGUUGCGUGAGAUGAAACCAGCCUGUGGGGUCUGGUCGUCCAGAUUGAUGAAGUACAUACGCAUUCAUGGCUUGAAGUUUGGAAAAGAAGACCACUUGGCAUUAAUAAAACUAGCCUAUGAACUGGUCCUUAUACCUGAUUUGGAGCCGUGCAAAGUGCACAAGUUUGCAACUUUGUUCCUUAUGCUCACAAAGAAAAGAUUUCUUAUAUCUCCUGAAGAGCUAACGCUGCCAUGGAGACCUCUUUAUGACGUUGGGAUAAGGAUAUUUGAAAAGAGUUCAACAAGUAUAGGAAUGUACCACUAUCACACGGGCAAAAGUGGCAAUGAAAAACCGAGCAUGCUCGACAUGGUUCGGAAAUUCAUCUCGGGCUACGGCUUAGACGAUGCGCUCGAAUUGUUUGGACUCGCGUUACCGGACGAAAGUGACUUGCUAACGUCUCUGGAGACGUCAUACAUGACAAUGAUAAAAUGUGCAAAGCCAUACUUCGAAGUGGGCGCAACAAAAGAAAUGCUAGAAGAGUUGCUCCCACAAAUCUGUCCAUGGUCAUCCAACUCUCAAAUGAUGGGUCCAUUCACCACCUUCCUGCCCGUAGGCCUGUAUCCAAAGUACGCGGAACAAGGUCACUUGCUGUGGUUCGACCAACUGAUAAACUUGUGGGACGUGUGCUAUAACAACCAGUGUGGGAUUUCCGAUGUAAUGAUACUGUUCGCGGGCCUGGCGAAGAAGAACCCGGGCGCGGUGGACUGGACACCUCAUGUGCCCAAAAUGUUCAUGAGAUUCCUCCACGCGCUCAAUUUGCCCGUCAGCUACAAAGAUAUGCAGUAUACCAAGAACCAUUCGCUUGACAUGAAGGUCGUAGCAUCCUGGAUAGUUUGGACUAUAAACCCGGACGGCCUCGUAUUGAAACACUUGAGGUCCUUCCUCGCGGGAGUGGAGAGUUACUUGCAAAGCGCCAACGCCGGCCGGUGGUCCUUCAAAUUGAGGGAUCUUCUGAGGAAACUGGCUAGAGAAUUUCUUAUCAGAGUCCGUCGAGAACGCGAGAAGAAAUUGCAAGAAACUUGGGAGAACAAAACUCCCGAACACUACAAGCUUCGAGAUGAAGACAUAACAGAGUUCGUGAAAAUUGUCCUCGAACCGACUUUACAGGCUGUCUACAGCAGAAGCGGUUCCCUUGACAUAUCUGUUGCAUUGCAGAACUUGGCUACGUUACGACCCGCGAUUGUGAUACCUCCUUUAAUUGAGCGGUUAAGGACGUCCUUAACAUCUUUAACAGAACCUCAUAGAGUCACAGCGGCAAUGUCAGCCGUAGCGGCGGUAGCGCGACCAAUGAUUCGCGGAGCGGACGCCGACUACCCAGAAGGACCAACUCACGUAGUCCCUUUCCUAAUGGCGGUCUUACCCGGUCUCGAUCCUAAUGACAUUAAAAAAACAUUAGUCACUCUACAUUUCAUACUAAUUUUCAGUGGUAUGAUACCCUAUAUAGACUGUAGUUCUGCUCACGAAUACUAUCCCGAUUUAACUGAGGAAGAGUUGCUAGUUUGCGAAUCGACUGCUCAGUUUGAGGAUUUCGUAUUAAUCUUCUUAGACAGACUCUUCAUUAUUAUAGAGUCGAGUAUCACUGAGCAUGCUCGCUUGGACACUAAAGACCAUGAAAGUGUGAAAAGCAAGACAGACGCCGUUAUCGAAACAGCGAUAUCCUCUGCAGCGACCGCUGUCUUAAUGCAGUGUUCCCCCAAAAUAUUCAAAGAAGCGUUAAGAAAAUUCAAAUCAUUUGCUACCGAAACAACAUUCGAGACCAACGUUGCCGGUAGCAUGGUUGGAGUUCUCCUUAAAGUGUUUAGCCGUAUCGAUUCCGAAUCUACGUUAGCGGCGUUUCUGCCAAAACUUAUAGAAGAAUUAACAGAGCUAGUAGCAAACGAUGAUGCGUUGAAAGAGGAGAAUCCUCCGCGGGAUCUUUGUUAUAGACUGGUUCUAUUCAAACAGGUGAUAGAAUGUGAUGGCACAGCAUUGCUCAAAUACAUUCCGCAAAUAAUCCCAGUGCUAGAUCGUAUAUUGAAACUGCACGCAACGUACGCAUUAGUUCGUGCGGCGGAUGCUCUGGCGCACAUAUUUCAUUCCUUAUCCAACGUGGAUGUAAAAGAAUGGAGGAGUUCUGCUAAGGAUUAUGGGAGUGCUCCUCAAACGUGGUUGCCUAUUCGGGAAUGGGGUAGGGGAUGUUUGAUGAAAGACGCGAACUUGGUAUGGCAUGUGCCUAACGCUGAAGAAGCGGAGUGCGCUCAGAUGUUAGUAGACCGGUAUGUGAAACACGAGGUGACUCGGUUGAGGCAAUGGCUGAGCGGGGAGAGAGACUUGAGCCGCGAACGCAGGAUGAAAAGCUUCUACAUCUUCAGUGCGAUGACGGUGGCCUGCAACUUACUGCCGCCGCCGGACGAGGAGCAUAUUGCUAUGAUAGAGUCCCAAGUACCGGCCACGUGCUUGCCUCUCGCGACAGCCGUGCCUUACCAAGUGACGCUCGACGGCGAGAACAUGCGCGUCGCUCUCACGCGGCUGUUGGUAGACGUUCAGACAAGGAUGCUGGCCGAUAAGACCGAUGAUACACGGGGAUUGGACAUGCUCAUUCAGGUUUGGGAACGCGUGAUAGUCGUAAAGGGCCUUCGGUCGGGGCCUGGACUAGAGGCUAAACUGCGUUCAUACAACGCGUUAGACAGGGCCCUGGACGGUCGAGGGGGCCUCGGCAAAGCGGGGGUGGGUAACGGAGGGGACGAAGCGGGCGCGGCCAGGCUGAGGAUGUUGGUGGCCGAUGCCGCGAGGCUGCAGUUCGAGUCGAGGCUGGACCUUGUGUGUGACGCUGGGAUGACGCCGUCAGGGCUGCAAGCUCUGGAUGCCUUGUACGAGCUCUCGAUCAACACUUAUAGCACGGUACGUGUCCUAGCCCAGAUCGGAUUGUAUUGGAUGCUCAGUCAUUUCCCAUACUCGUACCGAGCAUUAGUUCCAAAGUUGGUCGCCCUGCUAGCGAAGGGCGGCGAGGGCGACGAGUGGCACGCGCGCCACAAGGGCGCCCUGCACAUCAUCCUGUACCCUAAACAGGGGCCCAUGAUCGCUAAACAGGACUGGGAAGUCGUUCGCACGCUGUGGCCUGCCAUCCUGAAAGCGCCGCUGAGCGAGAAACCUAGUAUACUUAGGUUAGAACAAGCGUUCAGCGACUGCCUCCACCGCCAAUUUCCAGCAGUCAACACUCGCUUGACAAUCUCAGACAGUGCCAUAGAAGCCGCUAAGAACCUCCUCCCUCAGGCGGAAUUGUACAACCCUGAGUUCAAAGCCAUGUUGGACAAAGCCGUGGAAAAAGAGCUAGCUACAUCUGAUAGAACAGAGAAGGUAUAUAAUGAGCUGAUCGAAGAAUUAGUUAACAUUGCUGAGACGCCGAAUGUACAAUGGCGUCGUCUAGAACUGGCAAUGCAGAUGCUAACAUACUGCCCGCUGGUCCAAACGCCGUACCCGCCGAGUGCGGUACGCCUCAUGGUACGCUCGCUGUUGCACGAUGACAUCGCGGUACGACGGACCGCGCAGAAACUCACGUUGUAUGCCUUGAAACAGAGGAAGAACAAAAUCAAGAAGAUCGAAAUCGAUCCUUACCAAAUUGCGGGGUUGCCCAAACCUGAAAAACAUAUACCGGGGUACAGAGAGGAUCUGGAAUGGGCCAUCUGGUCUGAAGACAAGGAAAUAAAGACUGACGAAGAAUGGGACAGGCCGUGGCUGCGCGACUACGUUUAUGGAUUUUUUGCGUGGCCUAAAAAACUGAAGAUUGCGGCACCAAUUAGCGAACAGAAGUUGUCGCUUGAUAUUCCGCCAGAGGAAAUGGAGGAAGGUGAACGUUAUCUGUUUGAGUUCUUCAGCGACGAGGUAAACAUCGACCGCCUCGUGGCCUUCUUCACUGUAGAGGAAAAGAAGGGCAAAGACAAGUUCAGUGGCAUCCGCUUCGCCAUGUUUCGGAUGGCGUUCGCGCAAUUCGGUGAGCGCGUAUCGAGUAGGCUGUUGGAUCACGCGCUGCGCUGUGCGGGCGACACGCAAGAAGCGCCGCAGCGCUUCGCGGCAGAGAUCGCCGCCGCUGCGUUGCGCGCUCCGCGGUACUGGCCGAGAUCACGCGCGCUUGCUCUGUACAGGAUCGCCAUGGAAGUCAUCAGAGCGGGGCUGACAUCAGUAACCGUAGAGACGAUGGAAGACUGGGGCACGUGCGUGGCCACAGGAGUAGAGAAAUUGGACCCCAUCCGUGGUAGCGAAGUGUUGAAGGAGUUGCUUCAGCUGUGUGCGCCGCCGCCUGCUUUGGGUGACGCGGAUCCUGAUCAUCACACUUCAUUUGUAGUCUGCACGAGGCUUUAUGCUUUACAGGGCGCAUUGGGGUCUAUGACGUGGCGAGCCGCGCCGCUCGCCGCGGAGUUGCUGAAGCGACUGGACGCGGCCAACUUCAUACAGCAUCCAUACCAGAACGUGAGGGAGACUGUUGGCAGUAUCCUCAUGACAAUCUUCGACACGGAGCUGGUGUUCCCGGGCGGCAGCAGCGGCAAGGCGCCGCGCUUACAAGACUUCUUGGCUGAAAUUAAGCCGAGACUGGCAGCGUUAUAUGACGAAAAUGGAGACAUUGUAAUAAAGACGGCCGCGUCUUUGAUAGGGGACUGCGCGUCGCAGGAGGCGUGCGUGUCGCCCGUGCCGCCCGUGGCCGCCGUGGCCGUGCCGCUCAGCGUGCUGGCCGCCAACACGCAGCUGGCCACGCUGGCCACGGACCCCCCGCACGCGGGCCACGCGCAUCAGACGGAAGGAGCCACGGAUCCAGUGGAGUCGGAGAGCGAGGAGUCCCGAGUGGACAAGCAACUGGUGGAGCGGCUGGACACUGCGCUGCGAUUGGCCGGCGACGCGGCGCCAACGCAAAGGCAUCACGCGCGCGCUGUCAACUUACUCACCACUGUUCUCCGCGGCUGCAUGGGUGUGAUAGUUCGCGGCGUCUGCAGCAACACGGAGACGCAAUACGAACUAGUGAGCACGGCGUGCGCGCUGGCGGCGAGGGGCCCGCCGCAACCGCACGAGGAGCUGCCGAGAGCCGCGGGAGGGUUCUUAGCGAGCUUGGCCCUUGCUAACCACUCCUACAAGGCCUUUGACAAAGCUCUAGAAGUGCUAGAAUCGCUGGCGGAAGGGCGUUCUUGGUGGGCGCGGCUGGCCUGCUUGGAGUUCGCUCAGCCGUUGCUGUUCUACGGCCUGCCCAUGCUAUGCGACCAGGCCGACAGGGCAGUUCGAGCGGAGCGGUUCGCGCUCAAGCUGAUGAGGGACUCCAGAGUCGAGGUCCGACAAGCUGCUGCAAAACUGCUCACAGGUCUUAUGCACUGUCGGGCUUUAUUCGACGAAGACAAGACCUUGAAAUCCCUCACGCGAAGCUGUAGGUCCAAGGAGUUGGUCGAACGACAUUGCGGAGUGCUUGGUCUAUGUGGCUACUUGUCCUCAAGGCCCUACAGCCUUGGUCCAAAGCUUGGCGAUGUGUUGGCGGAAUUGGCCAGACACACGAGCGCGCCUGAUCCAAUACCUGCCACUAUAAGGACGGCACUGGCAGAUUUCAGGAGGACUCAUCAAGACGAUUGGCCCAAACAUAGGGAACAACUUACUGAAGAAGAACUAGAUUUGUUGGCAGAUUUGACUUCACCGCCGUCUUAUUGCGCCUAAAUAUAACUUUUUAGCUGAAUAAAGGUGUUAGAUACAUUUUUAGUCAUACGUAUAUUUUGCGAAACUUUUGCACUGAUUGAAUCUAAGUUUUAGCUGUGAUGGUGAAGGAGACUUUAUUGCCUAUUUGUGAGAUAGAAACUUGCUCGACUAUUUUAGUUCUAGAAAAAUUUGCUGUGUAACAAAACUUGUGAUCAUAACAUCGUUAAUAUUGGCUGAAUUUGCGGUACUCUUGCUUAAACAAAAGUUUUACAAUUAGUCUAAGAAUACCAGCAAAAACCCCGUUGAAUUGUAAGGGCUGUGAUUACUGAUUAUAGUAAAAAUUGCAUCACAAUUCGGAAUAUCAAUCCCACUUCUGACACUUUACUAUUAGUUCAUACUUUUUUUGUAGAUUUGCCUAAAUAUUGGAAGAGAAACUGGAAUAAUUAUUAUUAUUAAUUGUAAAAAAGCCAAUAUUAACGGAGAUAUUGCUUCCAUAUAGAUUGUAAUGGUACAAUAUGGUACUGUAUUUAUAUUAAUAACAAGGCCCUCUUGCGGCGGAGGCCUGGUGCGGCAUCAUUGAAUUAAGCCCCUGGUUUAUUUUAUGGCGCUUUUUUCGUUGUAAAGGUUUGUUUUGGAGGGCCCCUUAGACCCAGGCCUAACCGGGCUUUAUAACUGUCCCAGGUCCUGGGGCCCGGGACAGUUAUAAAAUUAUCGAUUGAUUCUGACCUUUGCCGUUAAUUUGGACUACGAGUUAGUCAGUAGCCCUGAAUACUGUAAAGCGUAUUCAAAGCUAAUGAGGUUUUUCCUAUGGUUAUAUACUUACUCUCAAGUAUUUCGUUUUAUUGUUUUCGUGUUUUUGUCAUCAUCACAUAUUUAUCAUUAUCAUCCUAUAAAUUUUCGUCAGAAAUCAGCCCAACAAAAUAUGUCAGGCCGCGAUUACACCAGCUGAAAGUUCUACUGACGUAAGUAACUUACAUAGUUUAUUGUCAACUUUACUAACGUAAAUGUACAAGAGUUUUUACAUUAGUAAGCUUGUAAGUUAAUCAUGUAAGCUACCUACUUACGUGAGUAAAACUUAAAGGUGUAUCCACGGCCUAAGUUUACGAGCGCAACAUAGUGCUAAUUACAAAGGCACAGAAUCCAUGCAUAUACAGGGAAUUAGUUUUUAUACGGUUCUAAGUUAAAAUAAUUAUCGUUUUUUUUUUGCUUAUGUGGUGGUAGGUUGUUCUUUUCACUACAAACUGGGAUGGCUUGAGUAAAUUCUGUUGGAAUGUUGCAAAAUAAUAAAUAUAAAUAGUAAUGAUAUUAUCUUUGCUAAUAAAUUGCAAAGACAGUGUAGGAACCAUAAAAUUAUUAUCAUUAUUCUCUAGAUAUUGCGAUAUAAGAGUGUCUGUUAAAUAUUUGUUUUAAAAGUAAUUACUUACCUAAUUAAUUAUAUUUAUUUACAUCGUAAACAGCAUAAUAUAUAAAUAAAAACCGUUUAAAUAUGAGUUGGCCUCGCACGCGAAGGGUUCCGUACAAUCGUUUAGUCCGCGCUAAACACGCGCCAUUAGCAUUUUUAGGCGUCAGCGUUCGCCAUCUGCAUUAGUGUGAGUGCUACAUCCGUACACAGUACACGAGCGCGUGGAAAAAUAGCUGAGCAAGCUUGCAAUCGUAUCGUAGACUAUUUAACUGCCGGUAACUAUACAAGACAACACAAUUUUUAUAAUUUGCAUGGCGGCCAUUUUGAAAAUCGCCAUCUUGGUUUUUUGUUAUUUGUUACUAUAGUGGCAAUAUAAAUACACACUGCUAAUUUCAACUCGCUAUCUAUUUACGGUUCAUGAGAAACAGCCAACGGACGAACGGACAGCAGCGGCUUCGUGAAUAGGCUCCUGUUGUCGCCCUUUGUGUACGGAACCCUAUAAAAGGACUGCUCUUGAUGUUAGGUUAUACAAAAUACCUCAAAAUAAUAAUAACCAAUUCAUAAGUAGGUACGUAUAAGAUGAUGUAUAUAUUACACUGAUAAAAUAUUGUAAUCCAUAUACAUAGUUAUUAUUUUUAAUGCAUUUGUAUUAGCGAAAAUUUGUAUACAACUUAUUCUAUCUGUUAGAUAUAAAUUAGUUUUGGGUUCUCUUUACUAACUUAGUACCUAUUGUUUUUAGUUGAUUUAAUUUUGCUAAAGAUCUGUGAAGGUUGUUUUUUAAAAAAAAUGGAAAAGUAAAGUUGGUGUAAUGUUUUAUAGGUAAAUAAUAAAAAUUAAUACCAAAGA